CUCAUUUGCGAAAAUAUCUCGUGAUGGCGGGAUGAGGUGCUGCACAAGAUUGAUCUUCAGUUCAGGAUUUAAUUCCAGUGUCAUCGGUUAAACUCUAAUCAUCUAUAAACCUGCAGUGAGGUUUUGUGCCAGUGUGGACAUGCAGAGGUACCUGUGGCCUGGUUAUGAGCUGCAGCUUCUCGGAGGGCUGCAGAGACAGCAAACCAGCGCCCAGUUCUGUGACACCCUGUUGCAAACCGAGGGUAUCUCAGUCCCGACCCACAGCUGCAUCCUUGCAGCUCUCAGCCCUUAUUUGUCCCAGAAGCUUUCAGCCUCCCCCUCACCUCCAUGUGGACAGAAACGUCUGCUCCAGCUCCAGGCUGUAAAGGCCCAGACUCUGCUGAAGCUGGUUGGUCUCCUGUACUCUGGUGUGCUGGAGGUAAAAGGAAACAAAGAGAAGAGUGAGGUUCUGGCUGCAGCCCACCAGUUUGGAAUAACAGACCUUGUACAAGAAUGGAGAGAUGGAGUGAGGGAGAGUCCUGGGAAUUGCAGAGAGAGGCAGGGAAUCCUGAAAAUACAGGAUGCAGAUGUUGAGGCUGAGAUGGCUGGAAAGGGAGAGAAAAAUUCAGCAGUCAGAAAGAAAAGUUGUGUGUCUGUUGGCACACAGACGAUAACCAUCACUGAGACUUCAGUAGACAGUUCUGCCUUUCUCUCCAGCCAGACUAAACCUGCAAACCCAGAGCCUGCCUCCUCUGCAGCUCAAGGCCUGGAUGUUUUUAUCGCUCUUCCAUACCAGAACAUCACGCCUUGCCCCACCAUUUCCAGCGAUGGAGAGUCUACGUUUAGCCGAUCUUCUGACAGUGUAACUAAUCCCACAUCCACUUCAGCUUUGCCCACUGACACAGCGACCUUUCCCGCUUUCCGUAAUGAUUCCAGCUCCUCAGAAACUCAGGAAGACUGUAACCAAGACUCAUCUGAGUCUGGGGACAACAUCCAGUGGUGGGCCAAAGAAAGGGCGGUAUUGGAGGACGGAAAAACAAACAGCUCAACAUCCGAGAAUGAAAGUAAUCCAGAGGAGUCACGACGGCUCUGCAGAGAUGAGAUAACCAGAAAAGAAGACUCUACAGAAAAGAAUCAUUCACGCGGCAACGCAGGAGUGAAAGAUAUAACCAAGAUGAAGGAGAUGCAGACCACACAGAUAUCCAUCAAGGUGAAGCUGAGGAGAAGAACUACAGGAGAAUCGUGGGAGGUGGUGAACAUACAAAGCCCAGAUGAGAUGUUGUCAGUUGUUACAUCGCUGACUCAGGAUUGCAUCUACAACAAGCCACAGACAGAUGAAGUGCAGCCUCCUCCCUCCCCUGCCCACCCGUGCCCUGUCCUGAACCCAGAGGUCCAGAACCUUCCACCUGCUGUACCCAACACAUCCAAACAACCUGAACACCACCACAGCACCACCUCAGACACCCAGUCUUUCUCCAGCAGCAGCUUCACCUCAAACCAUAAUAGCGCACCUGAGUCAGUGCCGCUGCCCCAGCCACAGGGCGCUGCGGACGAGUCUGACGAACUGAUAGAGAAGCUGUUAGAGGACAUCAUGAUGGGCCUGAAUAUCCUUCCCAACUUGGAGAGUGACUGCAACAAGUCGGAGGCGAGCCACGGCGGAGCGCCGACCGUCUGCCGACUCCCUGUUACAGCGAGCGAUGCAGGCCAGACUCAGAUGGAUGCAGCAGAGUGUGUUUUCUAUCAGGAUUUGGGAACACAAAAUGACCACACAUCAGCAGAUACAGGUAUCCAUUGUUGUCUUGCCGUUCCAGACCAGCCCGGCUGCACACCUUUUCCAGCUGCACAGCCUGAUGGGUUAAUCCAGCAGCAGGAGCCGCGGUCUCCCCGGUAUUACUCACCCGUCAGAUCUUUGGGGCAAAUUGAUGGACUGAGCUGCCAGGGUCCGCCCCUAUCCAAAAGUCAGGAUUCUCUGUAUCCCAAAGCACUUUUAAGCUCAGUCCCGUCUUCAGAUUUGUUCUCCGGUGUGCAGAAACUCAGUUACGCAGCGAUUCAGUCACCAUCCUCACAAGAUGAUCAGCACAGUCUCAAAGUGUUACCUCUGUCAAAUGGAAAUGGGACACAGCCUGAACCCGCUUUGUCCUUACCUUGCAUGGAUGAUUUGCGGCUUCCUCGAUGUCUCUCCCCAUUAGAGCCAAGAUUUGCAACAAAAAAUCGACCUCUACUCAACAACUCGGCUAAUCCUGAUCAUGACGCCCAGCUGCAGCCGUCCUUACAUUGGCGACCCUGGUUCUCAGAAAACCCUGGUUCACUACAGUUUCCUUUUAGCAGCAUCACCUUCACAGAUGAUAAAAGCAAGCCUCUACCACCAGAUCCACAUCGUAGCUGUGAGUUAAAGGAAAGGCAGGAGGAGAAAGAUUCAAAUCCAAAAAAUGGAGGUACCCGUGCAGAAGGUUGUACUGCGAAUAGCUUGAAAGGCGGAGGAAAAAAAUCAGCAGCAGAACUAAAAUUGUACUCCAGGAGGAUGAAGGAAUGUUUCAGAUAUAAACACGAUGACGCUACAGGAAGCAGGAGGAAGAGGAGGCGCACAAAUCGUCGACAAGACGCCGCCGGUUCUUGUUCUGCACACAGAAAUGUAAAAGCCGGUGAUGGAACAAAGAGUUGUUCAGUGAGUUUGUCAAGUAACAAUGUGCUGGUGAAGGAAAGAGAAAUGGCUAUGAUGUCUUCAAACAUGCGACGUGUACGGAAAGCAAGAGAAAUGUCGACCAUCAAUAAAAGUGAGGAAGAGCAGCCCAAAGAGUCUUCCGGUACCAAGCGGACUCGGAUCAGGACCAGAGGAUUUGUGAAAAAUUCUCAAGAGGCAGCAACUAACACAACCCCAUCUGAAAAGUCUCCCAUUUUCAAACCUGCCGUCUUUAGCGCGCCGCUUGUGAAUCAGCCAGGAGUCCCGGUGCAGAAGAGGAAACGUGGUAGACCCCGAAAAAUAAAACUUUUAGGGGAGUCUUCAGAAAGUGUUCCUGCCAUUGUUGAAAAUAAGGGUGACAAUGUCAACCAUGAGCAAGUUGACUGGGAUUUGCCAAAGGAAGAAGAGGAGGAGGCGGACAAAAAAACUGAGAAAAGGUGCAGAAAACGGAGGAGGAACACUUCUUCACUGGAAUUGGAUGCAAUUCCAGUGAAGAAGAUUGAAAGUGCUGAAUGCACUGGGAAGGCUAAAGAAGCCACAAACAAUGACAUAAAGCCUGGACCACCGAAACAACGGCACACGGUCACUCUGAAGGAGUUUCAGAAGCUCAUUAAUCGGCAACACUCAAAAAGGAUGAAGCUAAACGAGGAAACGCACAGAGAUGCAGAACGUAAAGCGAGAGCUAACGCAGAUGGCAGAGUGGAAAAAAAAGUGGGACCUGAAGAGAGGACAAACACCGAACAACAUCAUGAAGGUUCAGACAUCGCAGUCGAUCAAAAUCAUAAUCUUUUCGCUACAUCCGCAGCUCAGUGUUGCAAAUCACAACAAGAGGAGACAAGCGGCGCUGUGAGUGAGAAGGGUAGUUUAGAUGGUGAUGGAGACCACCCAGUGUCCUUGGAUGUUAAGGAUGAAGCUGCAGCCAAGGUGACAACAGAGGGAGAGCAGCCGCUGACGAAUCCUGAUGAAGGAAUGACAGGAGACUUGGAUACAGCCGAGUCUCCCAUCAAAGAUGAAGGCUCGUCUCAGAGUGACGCCCUCCUCCCUCGAGCAGAGACGACUUUGGACUGCACAUUGCUCCCCCGGACCCUCGAGACAAUCAGCAGGACCUCAGGCUGCGACCAAAAAGGAGAAGAGGAGGAGGAUGAAGAGGAAGUGGAUGUUCUGGUUUACUCCCCAGAAAAAGCGCCUCUGACCACAGGGUGCGGCGCUGGACUCCUCAACAGCACAGACGUGACUCCCGAUGAAGAUGAGGAAGAAGAUGUAAAUGAGAUCGACGUGACCGGAGACGAGGCAGAGUGACCCCUCGUCUUUACUCUGUCCAGUGGUCAGUACUCAGUCUGAUGUUGUGUCUGUUCUGGUUUUGUUUAUGUUCAGAUGCCAGCUGAUGAAGUGAUGUGUAAAUAUUCAUUUUUACAUCCCUCGU